UUCAAUUUGUUUAUGUUUUGGUUUUUAGCGCGGGAUCUUCCGAAAGAAAAAAAAUGUUUUCAAAAGGAAAAAGAAUUCGAAUGGACGAGAUGCCACCCAUGGAAUAUGAAUCAUAUUAUAUGGGUGACAAUCCUUCUUACAAUGAGGACGAAGCUGGUCCAUCAGGCCAGAGAAUGACGAGAUUGCGAGCUCGUGGUGGAGUGCCAACAAAACCUCCCAUAAUUGACGAAGAUGAUGAAGAUAUUUUCAUGGCAAAUCGUAAAAGAAAAAUUCCAAAACCAGUAAAAGAAAAGAUUGAACGUGAACCAAAACCACCAAGAGCACCUCGUGAACCAAAACAUCAAGAGCCAGCGGAAGAACGUGUUGUCCGUGAACGAGAGAUUACAACUGAUGAAAGCAGUUUGUUUUGGAUUCUUCGUUAUUCGAAAAAUACUAUAACUAUAAUUGUAGACGAGUGGAUUGAUAAUUACAAGAUUGAUCGUGAAACAGCAUUAAUUGCUUUAAUGCAAUUUUUCAUCAAUGCAAGCGGAUGUAAGGGAAAAAUAACACCAGAAAUGCAAUCAUCAAUGGAGCACACAACAAUAAUCAGAAAAAUGACGGAAGAGUUUGAUGAGGAAAGCGGAGAAUAUCCUCUGAUUAUGGCUGGACAACAAUGGAAAAAGUUUAAAGGUCAUUUUUGUGACUUCGUUCAGACACUUGUCAAGCAAUGUCAGUAUUCAAUAAUCUACGACCAGUUCUUAAUGGACAAUGUCAUUUCGUUGUUAACUGGAUUGUCGGAUUCUCAAGUUCGUGCUUUUAGACAUACAGCAACACUUGCCGCAAUGAAAUUGAUGACAGCUUUAGUCGACGUCGCACUUCUCGUAUCAAUUAAUUUUGAUAAUGCUCAUCGUCAAUACGACAGUGAAAGAUUGAAACCAGCACAUGAUGUGUCGGAAGAUCGAAUUGAAAGUUUACUUGCUAAACGACAAGAGUUAGAAGAGAACAUGGACGAGAUUAAAAACAUGCUCACAUAUCUUUUCAAAUCGGUUUUCGUUCAUCGAUAUCGUGAUACAUUGCCAGAAAUUCGUGCAAUUUGUAUGACUGAAAUUGGAAUUUGGAUGCAGAAAUUCUCAUCAAAUUUCUUAGAUGAUUCUUAUUUGAAAUAUAUUGGAUGGACACUUCAUGAUAAAGUUGGCGAUGUUCGAUUACGAUGUUUACAAGCAUUAUUGCCAUUGUAUGAAAAUGAGGAAUUGAAAAGUAAACUCGAACUUUUCACAUCGAAAUUUAAAGAUCGAAUUGUUGCUAUGACAUUGGAUAAAGAAUAUGAAGUUGCGGUUCACGCUGUAAAGCUUGUCAUUAAAAUUCUGAAGAUACAUCAAGACAUUCUCACAGAUAAAGAUUGCGAAAUCGUCUACGAACUUGUUUAUUCAUCACAUCGUGGUGUUGCACAAGCUGCUGCUGAAUUUUUAAACGUUCGAUUAUUCUUUAUUGACCCAGUAGUUGAAUCUUACACACGUCGUGGAAAGAAACGAUUACAAAACACUCCACUCAUUCGUGACUUGGUUCAGUUCUUCAUUGAAUCGGAACUUCAUGAACACGGCGCUUAUUUAGUUGAUGCUUUCAUUGAGAACAAUCCGAUGAUUAAAGAUUGGGAAUGUAUGACUGAUCUCUUACUUGAAGAAACGGGACCAAACGAAGAAGUCAUGGAUAACAAACAAGAGUCAUCAUUAAUUGAGAUCAUGGUGAGUGCAGUGAAGCAAGUCGCAUUAGGUGAACCACCAGUUGGUCGUGGAAGUAAUCGACAAAAAACUCUCUCAGCCAAAGAGAUCAAACAAGUUCAAGAUGAUAAAUCGAAGCUUACAGAACAUUUUAUUCAAACUCUGCCAUAUUUAUUGGAUAAAUAUAGCGCUGAAAACGAAAAGCUUAUCAAUUUGUUGAGCAUUCCACAGUAUUUCGACUUGGAGAUGUACACGACAUCGCGACAAGAAGCUUCACUUAAAUUACUUCUUGAUAAAAUUACUCUCAUCAUGUCAAUCAGCACAGAUCGUGAAGUGUUGGAAGCUUGCGCUAAAACACUUGAAUUUCUUUGUACCGAAGGCAGUGCAAUUUAUACACAAUGUGACGUCGCACGAUCAAACAUUAUUGACUUGAGUGUUAAUGGAUAUAAAGAAGCUAUUGAUGAUUGGAGAAAUUUGAUUGCUGGCGAGGAGACGCCUGAUGAAGAUGAAAUUCAUCAGGUUUGCAUAAGUUUAAAGAAAGUCUCGAUUCUUUAUUCUUGUCAUAAUUUAAAUCCAUGGAGUUUGUUUACUUCAUUAUUCCAAGAUAUUGAGGAAUAUUUAGCAGAUACGACACAUGAAAAGAGCAUUCCAACAGAGGCUUUGAUUUAUUGCAUUGAAUCAUGUUUCUAUUCAAUCAGUUGGGGUUUAAGUACAAUUGAAUCGUCAUUUGAAUCGUCAGCUUUGGCUUACACUGCAGAAGAAUUGCGACGGAAUUUGGAGAAGUAUAUGGACGUAAUUAAUAAACUGAUUCCAGAAGCUGACAAGAUUAGCAUCAAAGAAGCUGCUUAUCUUUCUCUUUGCGAUUUGCUUGUCAUUUUCUCAGCUAAUCUUGGCAAAAGUGCAAAUCGAUAUGUUCAAAUGAUGGAAUAUCGUCCGACUGAAAUUCAGAAGGAGCUUCUCAUAAAUUUCGUAAAAACUUAUGUUUUCUCAUUACGAUAUGAAGAAGUUCAAGAUGAGACAAGAAUUGAAGAGUUGCAUAAGAAAAGAAAUUAUUUGGCAGCUUAUUGCAAGCUUGUUGUUUACAAUAUUCUUCCGACAACAGCUGCGUGUGAAAUAUUCAAAUUUUACAUCAAGGUAAGGAAAGAUUUCUUACAUUCAUUAAUCUAA